AUGUUGUGUUGUGCACGAUUGACGCGCUCUGCAGUGUUUUGGGCAUCCACGGGGCGCCGCUCGGGAGAUGCAGCAGCAGCAGCGGCGCAGAAAACCACGUUCCGCGUGAAGGCAUUUACGGAUGCCGUCAGCGACACCGUGGCGAGCGGUGACGCUCAACACAGUCGCGCAGACACCUCUCUUCAGCACGCCAAGGAAGAAAGCGAUGUGCCUCUUGCACACGUGGAGAAGGCACCGCAGCAGAUGCCAAAGUUCCUCUUUCAGAGUCGGCGUGGUAGCAGCUCCUCGGAGUACUACAUGACCCGGAGCAACGCGGGGCACCCAGACACGGUCGCAGAACUUCUCCGCGCCGGCCGCACCGAUCCGGAGUGGAUGUGGCUGAAGCUACUGUGCUUCCUGUGUGUCUCGUCGACAUUUGGAACGACAUUAUACAGCUACUUCUUCGCUGAGCAUAUGAAGUACUUCAAGGAUGAGCCGUGGUCGCCCUUCACCUACUAG